CGACGUAUCUAAGCUGUCUAACAAAUCAUUUUAAAAUAUCUAUAUACAUAUGUAUUUGUUAACACCUAGUUGACUUUUAUUAGGCAAAACACCGCAUACUCGUGAUACCUAGUCUAAAAUGUGUACCAGCUCUCGAACCAAUACUUACAUAGUAAAUUAUCAAGUUAAAUGUAAAGUAAUUAAUCAGAACAGGGCCGUGGGGUUAACUGACUUGCACCAAGAGCGCAGUCAAUGCGCGAGACUCCCAGGAAAUUGUAUUGUGCUAUUAUAUUAUUUUAAAUACACGCCUUAAAAUUUAAUCAAAUAUUGUGAAUAAUGAUUGUAUCGUGUUGUGGAUUCUCUGUAUACUUACGGAGCCGGCUUAAGAUUGUUAGGCAUCAGAGCGAUGGCGCUCACGAGGCUAUGCUCGGCCCUGGCAAGAAACCAAAAAUCACAAAGACCAAAGAAACCCAGGAGGCGGAGAAAUCUGAUGAGUACGAGGCUCUGCAGAGCUUCUUGCGCAGCAUCAGCUCGACCGCCACCCUCCCGCCAUAUGUUAAAGGAGAAACGUUCUCCUCGUAUCGAGGAGUCUUUAACCAGUGCCUCGUAACGUGCGCGGUUUUAAUACUGGCCGCGGGGGCGGGACAUCCAAUCGGCUUCUCCGCCGUCGCGCUCCCGCAGCUCAGGAACGAAACCUCCAACAUGAGGAUAGACGAAGAUAUGGGAUCGUGGAUCGCCAGCAUUCACUCCGCCGCCACGCCCCUUGGUUCAAUGGUCUCCGGUCCCAUAAUGGAGUUCAUCGGCCGGAAGCGCACGCUUCAGAGCUGCACACUGCCCCUCAUCAUAGGGUGGAUCAUCAUAGGCACGUCUAUUCACAACGGAAUGCUCCUGUUUGGGAGAGUGUUCUGUGGCUUUGCUGUUGGAGUCAUGGCAGCGCCUUCACAGGUUUACUUAGGCGAGAUAGCCGAACCGCGGCUGCGAGGUCUGCUGAUCGGAGCGCCAUUCGUGGCGUACUCCUUGGGCGUUCUCUACGUAUACGCCCUGGGCGGGGUACUGUCAUGGCGGUCUGUCGCUCUGCUAUCAAUAGUGCUGCCAGGGUUAGCAGUUGUGGCGCUCUGCUUUUCACCCGAGAGUCCUACAUGGCUGGCCAGGCGGGGCCGGUUCCACGAUGCCAUGGCUGCUAUGGCUCGCCUGCGCGGUGAUCCUGAUAUUGCUCAGCGCGAACUCCACGAGCUGAUAUCGGCUCGGGAGAAGGAAAAGGCCAGGGGAGAGCACAGCAUCCGAUUCUUCGCAACAGUAACGCGCGCGCCGGUGCUGAAACCCCUACUGCUGAUCAACUUGUUCAACAUGCUGCAGAUCCUGUCCGGCAGCUAUGUGGUCAUAUUCUACGCGGUGGACAUGGUCAGGGACUCGGGCGGUGCGCUCGAUCCUCAAGUGGUCGCCAACGCGAGCGCCCUGGUCCGCCUCUGCGUCACCGUCGUGGCGUGCGCGCUGCUCAUGCGCCUGACGCGGCGCGGGCUCGUCAUGAUCUCGGGCGUCGGCACCGCCGUCUGCACCCUCUCCCUCGCCUUCGUCCUGUACCAGGGUGACGCCGGCUACGCCGCACCCAUCCUCAUACUAGCAUACGUCGGCUUCAACACCUUAGGCUUUUUCCUCCUCCCUGGCUUAAUGAUAGGCGAACUCCUCCCUACCAAAGUACGCGGUCUAUGCGGCGGCUACAUAUUCUGUCUUUUCAAUUCAGUUUUAUUCGGAUUCACUAAACUUUACCCGGUCAUGAAAGACAAAAUUGGUAUGACGGGUGUUUUCGGACUUUUCGGUGCGUCAUCAUCCCUCGCUACUGUAGCACUAUACCUUUUACUACCAGAGACGAAAGGCAAGUCUCUGUUGCAAAUUGAACAGUAUUAUCAGAAGCCUAACUUAUUGUGGGUGACGAGGAAAAAAGCUACGAAUAACCAAAAGGUUUGAGUUGCAGUAGAAUAAUUGUAGUGUGAAAUGUACUUAAGUAAAACGUUGGACCACAGACAAUGAAAAUAUGUAUAACUUAUUUAUACAAGCAUUUUACCUAGGUAAGUAUAUACUGGGAGCACGAUUUUUGUUGACACAAACAUAUGUAUUAUGUAAACAUAUGUAUCGAAGGUACCUAAUAUUUAUUCUGAUUACAUAUUAGUAAGUUAUUUAAUAUAUAUUUAACGAAACUGAUCUCUGAAUGCCGGUUUUAAAAUAUCAUCACAUGAUCAUAUAAUAGUAGAUAGGCAGGUCCUUAACUACUUCCUAACACAUGUAUAAAAAAUGCAAAUAUCGUGCAUUUUGUACUUGUAUAUUUUAUGAAACAGAAAUAUUUUGAUAACCAUAUUGUCAAACACUUGUUAGUUUUAUAUACAAAGUAAGGCAGCCACUCGGUAUCUUAUAUAAUACGACUCUCGGCUCGUAAGGGAGAUACAUUGCCUUUUAUAUUAUAAUACGUAGGUAAAUAAAACUCGAAUAAUAAACUAAGUGCUGCUUUGUGAUAUAACGUAGUUAAUUUUAUAGUAGGUCUCAAAUUUCAAGCUAUUGAUGUUACUUAUUGAAAUAUUUUCACAUUUAUUCGAUUUUAAAUAAUGGUAACAUUUUAAGUGGAAGCAAUCUUAAUUUGCAUCGGCACUUAUGUCAUUCAAUCUGUUCAAAUGAGUUUGCCGCAACAACAUAUUUCCAAUAGUUGUAUAAUGUUAAUAACUAUUAAUUCAUCAAGGAAAUACAGCUUAUACGAAGUACAUAUGUAUAGUCAGCUGCAGUGAUUUCUGACCCUACAUACCUAAACACAAACAUCUAUCGGGGAAUAGGAAAUCUGUGUGGUUGAUUGUACAUACCAGUAUCAGUGGACGUUUAGCGUUAGUUUUUUUUUUAAUUUAAAACUAGACGACGAAGGCCGUGUGCAGUGCUGCACUACGUUUCCUCAUUGCGAGAUUUUUUAUCUGUGAUUUAAACUGAAUUGUUGUUUGUUAAACAAUUUAAUAAUAUAAGCUGCUCUAUCGUCGCUUAACCGUUUAAUGUUGUAUGUACAUUUAUAUAUUAUAUACUUGUUGAUUGUGAAUGCAUUUAAUCUUUUGUACUCACGUCAAAAAUGUACUUGCUAGAAAUGUUAAUAUACAUAAUAUAUACAAUACACUCUUUUAAAUACAAUACUCUUUCCAUCUGUAUAAAUUAUUAAUGUAUAUUAAAAAAAACUAUUAUGUAACUUUAUUUUCUUGUGUACUUGGAUGUGGCAAUAAACGAUUCUUAUUCUUAUAUAUAUUUCGGCGCGGUUAUAAUUAUUAUCCGUCCAAAAGGUUAAGGUUAAGGUUAAAAAGACUACUUAACUAUAGCCCAGUCCUAAGCAACAAUAAAAUACAAAUCAUAAGCGAUUAUCAAUACCAUGAUCUAACUAACAUGUUUAUGUCGGUAUAAUCUUCUAGUAGGGCUAUGAUGGUCGGCUCUUUAUCAUUUGUCACCAUGCCUGUCACGUUCUAACAAGUAUGUAAGUGCGAAAGUGACGGGCAUAGUGACAAGUGAUAAAAAUGGAACCAUGAUGCCACCGCAGGUAUAUAUUUACUGUCAAAAACUCAAUAAAUUAUACCGAAAUAAACAUAUUGUGUAUGUUUGGCAAAAAAACUUUUAAACAACAUGUUCAGUGGAAGGGAAAUUGUGAUAUAAAUAAACACUUUACAAAAA